CUAAACUUUUUAUUAUUUACUCAGAAUCUGAUCAUUAAGUAACUCUUUAUUGCCCAUGAAAUGGUAAGGGACUGUCUUACGAAGGGAGCAGUUCCUUUUUCAGCUAACAGGAGAUAAUUCUAUAAUAUCUUCGCCAGCUUCCAGACUUGGCGACGCAUUGAGUGAAUUUGCAAUUCAUUGCAAAUGUAGUAUGCUGCACGGGGCAUUUGUCGAAACUUUAUCUACAACAGAGCAUGUAAAAUGACUAUAGCUAGCCAGACACGGCAAACUUCUUUGUCCAUGCUUUAAAAGUUAAGAAAGUAAAAUCGGAGCAUGACAAGAGAUCUCUUCUUCAGUGUAAGAGUGAUCUACACCUUAAUCUCCAUUAAGAAGCGAUGGAUUUUUAACAAAGUCUCAGUGUCUUAUAAAUCUCCGGAAGAAAGUUAUUUUUGUUGCUAUUACUUUCACAUUGUUUAGGUUUAGGCUUAAGGAGCCGUAGGUGCCUCUUUAUCUCUCUUAAUUUACAAUUAGUAAACGGUGCCAAAAUCAACUGAAGUGUCUUCUCCAAAUGGCAUGCCAACAUUCUACUCACGAAAGAUUUGAUCGCCUUAAUCCAGAACAAUGCUCCUUCGCUUUCCUGCGUUUUUUCACGUAUUAGGGGACCUCCCUGACACCUCCUUUACCGACAUAAGCCCACAAUAUGCCGGCUUGCUGCGUCAACGUUUCCUCGUCCUCAAGGGACAUAGAGCUCGAAGCGUCUCUCGAGUCACGUCUUGCACGAAUAGAGAAAGUUUACUUGAAGUAAAUUUUUCAACAGGUUUAACUUGGAUUUCCACUAUGGUUUUGGUGCUCAACUUCACAUCUCAUGGUCAAAAGCUAUGGCCGUUUCUACUGAUAGGCUUGAUUGUGGUGGCAUUUAAAUCAGCCGGUGGAGCAACUACAUUUUCCCUUCCCAGGAAAACUCCUGACAGAGACUGCAAGCCCGUCAAACGUGACUUACUCAGGCAGCGGCUCGGCACCGCGUACAAUCAUCGAUACAUGGCUAUGGACUCCACGGAUCUUCAAAACCACUUACCACCUCAAAAUCAAUAUCACGUGACCAAACGUAACAUAACCAAGCGAUCCAGCUCACUCACCGUGGAGCAGAUAACCGACCCAGCCCCCUGGACAUGCCAGACGAGUAAGGUUUGGAUUAACCUGGGCCCAAAAUUUUUCCCUCGUCACGUGAGGUCAGUCACGUGUUCAAGUGAUAAGUGUUGGUUCAAUCACUUCCGAUGUCGGCCGAAGUAUUACACAAUCAAAGUGCUGAAGAAGAAGGAAGGCCAGUGUUUACGGGUGUUCUCCAGCACAGGGAAACCAAGAUUCGAGGACUAUUGGGAGCCGAAAGACUAUAGAAUUACCGUGGACUGCGAGUGUGGAUAUUGAUGAUUACAUUGUGUUUUAGAUAAUUAAUUAACUUAUCCUGUUUGUCAAAAGAUAAAUUAUUAAACAUUUUACCGCUCACGU